CAUUACACGCACAAGACAUGCAUAUGUACAGACAUAGGUCUUUCUCCAAAUUAAUGUUCUUGUCCUAAUUAACGGCGAUGCUCAAAUAGGUAGAAUAUCUUUAUCACUCAUAAAUUGAGACCAAACUAUACACUAUUUCCCACACAUAUACACAAAAAUCCAACACAACUAUGGUGGCCGCAACCAACGGAGGCGCCGAGUUCGCCACCGGGGUCUUCGCUGCCCAAGUGAUCACAGGGAGGUGGUUCAUGGUAUUCGCCACCACCUUGAUCAUGUCCGCAGCAGGCGCCACCUACAUGUUUGGUCUCUACUCCCCAGAGAUCAAAACAUCUCUGGGGUACGACCAGACAACCCUCAACCUCCUCUCCUUCUUCAAGGACCUCGGCUCCAACGUCGGGGUCCUAGCGGGGCUGAUCAACGAGGUCACCCCGCCAUGGGUCGUCCUCUCGAUCGGCUCCGUCCUCAACCUCUUCGGCUACGUCAUGAUCUGGCUAGCCGUCACCCGUCGCAUCGCCCGCCCCCAGGUCUGGCACAUGUGCCUCUACAUCUGCAUCGGCGCCAACUCGCAGUCCUUCGCCAACACCGGGGCCCUCGUCACCGCCGUCAAAAAUUUCCCCGAAUCCCGAGGCGCCGUCCUCGGGCUACUCAAGGGCUUUGUGGGCCUCAGCGGCGCAAUCAUCACCCAAAUCUACAACGCCGUAUACCACAACGACCCCCGCGCCCUCAUCCUCCUCAUCGGCUGGCUCCCGGCCGCCAUCUCCUUCGUCUUCCUCCGCACCAUCCGCAUCAUCAAGGUCGUCCGAAUCCCCCACGAGCUCAAGGUCUUCUACCGCUUCCUCUACGUCUCCCUCGGCCUCGCCGGUUUCCUCAUGCUCCUCAUCAUCCUCCAGAAGCAGCUCAACUUCACCCGCGCCGAAUUCAUCGCCGGCGCCGCCACCGUCGUCUGCCUAAUCUUCCUCCCACUAGUCAUAGUCUUCAAAGAGGAACUUUACCUCACCAACAAAAAAAACCAAGAACUAUCCAAUCUCCCUCCGCAAAUCCAAAUCGUCGAGCAAAAACCGCCGGCGCCGGCGGUGGUCACAGCGGCGGCGCCGUCGGAAAAUCAAAAAAUUUCCUGCUGGAAUCCGGAGAGCAUGUUUCAUCCUCCAGCUCGCGGUGACGACUACACGAUCCUCCAAGCGCUCUUCAGCUUCGACAUGCUGAUUCUGUUCUUCGCGACGAUUUGUGGCGUUGGCGGAACCCUAACCGCCAUCGAUAACCUCGGCCAAAUCGGAGCCUCGUUGGGCUAUCCGAAGAAGAGUAUUAGCACAUUCGUGUCGCUGGUGAGCAUAUGGAAUUAUCUAGGGAGAGUCGUGGCCGGAUUCGGGUCGGAGCAUUUUCUGAAAAAGUACAAAUUUCCGCGGCCGAUGAUGCUAACCCUAACGCUAGCGGUUUCGUGCAUCGGCCAUUUGUUGAUCGCUUUCGACGUCCCGAACGGGCUCUACUUCGCGUCGGUGAUAAUCGGGUUCUGCUUCGGGGCGCAGUGGCCGCUGCUGUUCGCGAUCAUCUCGGAGCUGUUCGGGUUGAAGUAUUACUCGACGCUUUACAAUUUCGGGUCGGUGGCGAGCCCGAUCGGGUUGUACUUGCUGAACGUGAGGCUGACGGGGCACUUGUAUGACGAGGAGGCGAUGAAGCAGCUGCGGGCUGCGGGGCGGGCUCGGGUGGAGGGGGAGGAGCUGGAUUGUAACGGGGCGGUGUGUUUUAGGGUGGCGUUUUUGGUGAUUGCGGCGGCGACGGCGUUCGGGGCGGCGGUGUCGCUGCUGCUGGUGGUGAGGACCAGGAAGUUUUAUAGGAGUGAUAUUUAUAAGAAGUUCCGGGAGGAGGCGGAGGCCGAGGAGGAGAGGGCGGUGGUUGCGGCCGCCGCGAAUGGGAAUGGUAAUGGUAAUGGUGCCCACGCUUCAAAGUAGUUGAUGUGUUUAUGUGUGUGGGCAAGAGUGAGUGAGAGAUAGUUUGGUGUAAUGAUAGAGAUAGUAUAUACAAAUAUUGGGUUGAGAAAGAUUACUUCACCCGAAAUGAAAUUUGAUUUCUGCA